AUGCCACUUUAUGCGGGUUAUGCUGAAGUAAUCAACGCCGGAAAAACAAUCCAGAAUGAAGAUCAAUCAUCUGCGAAAAUGCUGGUUCUUUCACAACAUCAAGGAACUGAAAUGAAUGGUUUAUCUGAUGAAAAGAAGGUCGAAUCCAGAAAUGGCAGUGUCGGCGAAAUAGAUGAUGAUCAAAUGUUAACACCGGGAGGUGACGAAAGUGUGAGACAUCUGUAUGUUGUGAAUUGUAAAUCAGAAAAAUCAAAUAUAUUUGCUCCGCGAGCCGAUGCUGCAUUAUUUAGUUUAUUUGAUGGUCAUGCUGGUUCAGCUGUUGCCGUUGUGGCCAGUAAAUGCCUUCAUGAGCACGUGAAAUCUCGUUUAUGUGAAGUUCUUGACACGCUUCUUCAUAUGGAUCGAUAUGAGAAUUUAAACUUUGGAAAACGUAGAUCAGAAUCUUCUUACAGUAUGAGCAAGAUGAAUGAAGAAGAUGAGUGUCGAAUUCAUAGUGAACAUUUAGUGAAAGGAGCUCUAGAGACUUCAUUUCUGGAUAUGGAUGAACAGAUUUCACAAGAUAAACAAGUAUGGAGACUUCCUGGUGGAUGCGCAGUCAUAUCAGUUCUAGUUUUUCUGGGAAAACUUUAUGUUGGUGAUUGUCGAGCUAUUCUUGUAACAUCAGAUGGAACGAAAGCUCUUUCUCGAGAUUUAACACCAGCUUCUGAACGGAAAAGACUUCAGGAAUUGGCAUACCGUAAUCCAGAAUUAAUUGGAAAUUCGUUUUCGAGACUCGAAUACUCAAAGAAACUGACAAGAUCAGAUUUGAAAUCGCGAGUACUUUACAGGGAUUGGUUUAUGGAUGGAUGGGCAGUGAAAACAGUGAAAGAAUCCGAUCUCCGACCACCGUUGAUAAGUGAAUCUUCUCGGAAAAAACGUCUUUUGAAUACAAUUGGAGUGUCACGUGGAUUUGGAGAUCAUCAUUUGUUGACUGUCGAUGAGAGACUGAACAUCAAACCAUUUCUUUCUGCAGUUCCAGAAAUUACAGUAACCAAUCUGAGAGAUAUGAAUACUUUGACUGAUAAAGAUGUUGUUAUUGUGGCAUCUGAUGGUUUAUGGGAUGUUCUCAGUAAUGAAGAUGCUGGAUUGAUUGUCAGAAGUACACUUGGAUCAACGGAUUCUGCUGAUUCUUCCAGAUAUACACAAGCUGCUCAAGACUUGGUGGCAGCUGCGAGAGGGCAACAAGCAUCUGGAAAUUUGAAGAGAUGGAUUAUGAAUAGUGGUGGACAUGCUAGUUAUGAUGAUAUUACUGUCUUCGUGAUUCCAUUGAAAUAUUGUGCAGCCCCACCGACUAAUUUUGAAGAAGAAGAAGACGAUGAAAUGCUGAGUCUAGAAUGA